AUGGCGCCCAUCGCAAGUAACACGACAUUCACCCCGGGCCUGUCGCUCGCUCAGGGUCUCGGUUCAGGAGGCCAUUCCGGCAUCAAGAGCUAUGGCGCAACCUACAUGUAUUUUUGCUGCCAGUGCAAUGAUGGACCCAAGGUCUACAACCAUCAGCCGCGCUGCGUGAUGUGCAACCACGUUGCUUGCGCCAACUGCAUACCGGCAGGCAAAUAA